CCUCUCUCUCUCUCUCUCUCUCUCUCUCUCUCUCCGUAUCAUACCCAGCACUUCUAUCAUGGAUACGGCCACCCAGCUGCUCCAUCUAUCCCAUCCGCAAACCACGUGACCCACUUCUCCCGUGUCCUUCAGUAGUUCAUUCAGCAUGAUGGCUGCGGAUGCUGCGGAUGCCCUGUGCUGCAUCCUGCAUCCGCGCCGGCUCUCCCUCCUCGUCCUCACCGUCACCCUCUCCUCCCUGCCGGCCCCGACGGCGGCGCUGCUCGGCGUCCGGCCGGAGGAUACCCAGAGCGGGGAGCUGUCCGUGCAGGAUGGGGUACUGAGGGCGACCGAGGGCACGCGCUUCAUGCUGAGGGUUUACUACUCCGCAUCCGCAGCUGCGGAGCGUCCCAACAGCCCGAACAUCAGCGGCAGACCGGACGCGGCACCUGCAGCUCCGUGGAUUGCGUUCAUAGAGGAACCAGGUGGGGACAGCGAGGAACCGGACGGGCAGCUCCGGUCCGGGGGGAACCCGUGCGAAGAGGAAAAUGCCCGGAGCUCUGAUAUUGAGCUGCUGGGUUCCUUCACAUCCACCUCGAGUCACAACUCAGUUCUGGUGGAGCUGCUCGCCAAAGACCUGCGCAGAGGCGAGGCGAUCAAAUACUACUCCAUGUGCGCGUUCGAUGGAGUGAAAUGGGAACAUUUCAGCACCAAAGACUUCUGGUUGGCGGUGGCAGAGAGACCUCCGGGGGCGGAUGUUUGGCUCCAGGCGGGUGUCUCGGUGCUCCUGUUGGGGCUGUCGGCGCUCUGCAGCGGUCUGAACAUCAGCAUGCUGGCUCUGGACCCCGUGGAGCUGCGGGUGUUGCAGAACAGCGGCACCGAGAAGGAGCAGAAAUACGCACGGAAAAUAGAGUCAGUGCGUAAACACGGCAACUACAUCCUUUGCACUGUGGUGCUGGGCAACGUGCUGACAAACACAUGCUUUGUGGUGUGGAUGUGCCAGAUUUUAGGCAUGACCGCCCUCUCCACUGCCUUCUGCACUCUGGGGAUAUUCUUCAUCGGCGAGAUUUUACCACACUCACUAGCGUCCAGGCACAGUCUCGCCAUCGCCUCCAAGACCCUCUGCGCGACCCGCCUGCUGAUGCUGGUCUUCUUCCCCAUCGCCUACCCGGUAUCCAAGAUUCUGGACAUCAUGCUGCACCAGGAGAUCAGCAGCUUUUACACCCGAGAGAAGUUGGUGGCCAUGCUGCGCGUCACGGACCCGUACCACGACCUGGUCAAGGAGGAGCUCAACAUCAUCCAGGGGGCCCUGGAGCUGAGGACCAAGACCGUGGAGGACGUGCUGACCCCGCUGUCCGACUGCUACAUGCUGUCGUCAGACGCCGCGCUGGACUUCUGCACCAUGUCCGACGUGAUGCAGAGCGGCUUCACCCGGAUCCCGGUCUACGAGAACGAGAGGUCCAACAUCGUGGACAUCCUGUUCGUGAAAGACUUGGCCUUCGUGGAUCCCGACGACUGCACUCCUCUGAAAACGAUCACGCAGUUUUACAAGCACCCCAUGCAUUGCGUGUUCAACGACACCAAGCUGGAUGUGAUGCUGGAGGAAUUCAAGAGAGGCAAAUCCCACCUGGCCGUGGUGCAGAGGGUGAACAGUGAGGGGGAGGGAGACCCCUUCUACGAAAUGAUGGGCAUCGUCACCCUGGAGGACGUCAUCGAAGAAAUCAUCAAGUCUGAGAUCGUGGACGAGACAGACCUGUACACUGACAAUCGGAAUAAAAGGCGAGUAUCCAACCAUGAGAGGAAACUACAGGACUUUUCUAUCUUCAAACUGGCAGAAAACGAGAUGAAGGUGAAGGUCUCGCCGCAGCUGUUGCUCGCAACUCAUCGCUUCCUGGCUACAGAGGUGGAGCCCUUCAGGCCUUGUCACCUUUCAGAGAAGAUCUUGCUGCGUCUCAUCAAGCACCCCAGCGUUCUGCAGGAGCUCAAGUUUAACCCCAAGAACAAACACGCCGCUCAACACUACCUCUUCCAGAGAAGCAAACCUGUCGACUACUUUGUCCUCGUCCUGCAGGGGCGAGUGGAGGUAGAGAUCGGAAAGGACGCUCUCCGCUUUGAAAACGGAGCAUUUUCCUAUUACGGCAUGCCAGCACUCAUCCCUCAGCUGCCUAUUGGUCACAGGUAUAGCUCCCGAAGCAGCGGCCUGAACCAAUCAGAUUCACUGCUGAGCGGGAGCAGCGUGGGUCAGCUCGCUGCAGGAGGAGGGAUCUACUUACCCGACUACUCCGUCCGACAGCUCACAGACCUGCAGAUCAUCAAGAUCACCAGGAACCAUUAUCAGAACGCCCUGAUGGCCACCAGGAUCGACAGCUCCCCUCUGACACCAGACCCACUGGAUCCCGACGGUAAAGGGAGGCCUCCGGCGCCAGAGGCUCGCUCACACAGCAUUGCCCUGCCCCUCACCAACACACACACUCGGCUGGGGCUGGCGCGCCUUGCACAUCUCCAUCCCCACGGCGCCCUUCGCAACACCUCCCGGCUCAAUGAGAGAAACCGUAUUGUUCGCAGUAAAUCCGAUGGGCAGAGGAGCCCAAAUGAUACCGUGUUCCUCCGCAUGGAUGAAAUUCCCUACAUCCACGAGGACAGGCCGGAAAGCUAUGAAGAGAAUGAUGUGCCCACGGAGUCUCGGCCGUCCGCCUCGCCCUUCAUCAGCUCUCUGUCUCUGUCCAGCUCCGAGGAGAACAUCGGGAAGAAGCUAUUGCGUAAAUUGAGUGAGUCAGCCAUGUGUCACCGCACUGACGGCGGCGGCGCGCCCACACACGCCGUCAGAAAUGUGCCCAAACUUUUCUGUCGGGGCUCAGCAACAGCGCCGGGGUGUAUCCUAGCAACAGGUGAUAAUGCCGUGCUCCUUCCUCGCAGAACUGACCUCGUCGGCUCGGAGACGAGACGACUUGAUUCAUUUUUGUUCAUUCGUUUGAGGCGGUAGCUGUGCUGCUUAGUGCAGCUGAGCUUGUUUCGGUUAAUAGCAGAUGUGAGGUACAGUUUAAAAGCAGUCACACACACCGUUUAGGAAAUAUUUAGAGACCACACUUAAGCCACAGCUCGAGGCUGCGACCUGAAUUUCAAGCAUGUCCUCUGUUUCCAUAGGUAACAAGAGGAGGAAAAAGUCUCGGGACGGAGAGAAGAGUUUGGAGGAAGGAUCAGAGAAACCACCAGUGACAAGUUAGCACAGCGGUGCUGAGGAGGAGGGAUGCAGCACACAUCUUCCUCCCUGUCAUCCGCCAGGUAUCCUCUCUAAAUAACCUCUACUUCAUAGACUCCCUCCACGCUGCAGCACGUCCCUCAGGAGACUGAGCCAUCCCAUCCCAUCUGCUGUAGCUACCGAUGAUUCUCAGGUCCCCACUGGCCCGCUCUGUCCCACCGCCGCCUGACUCCCCAUCCCUCAAACGACUACUUGGACAAAUCUGCACAACUAAGUAUUGGAUUAAUCCAGCCUUACACUGGACUUGUAUGGAUCCCCACAGGUUUUAAUCACAUGUUUUUGCAGUUGAUGGGGUCCACGUAACCUUUUCAUGGUUGUUCAAUCCGUAAUGUUAACAUUUAAUCAUCUCAUCUAAGCUACAUGUCAAGCUCAACCUGGUCCUUACGUAACACACGAGACGGCUCUUGUUGCUUUACUUGAACAUUGACUACAGAAGUUUUGAUUAUGUGUCAUUAUGGGGAAGUUCCCAAAUACUGAAAAAUGCUGAUUGCACAGGGAACUGUCCUCACGUUGCCACGGGGGCGCCGCCGACUGCCAACACAACCCGACACACUCGCCAUCAGCCUCUCGACAAGAGCACAAUUUUUACGCCUGGUUAAAAGAACACAAUUAAUCUUUAAAAGCCAUAAAUCCUUCUUAGCCUGAAAGACUGAUUGUUGUCAACUGUACACUGACCUCUCAGCAAGUUUUGAGAGGAACGCACAACUUAAAAAAAAGAACCUGAAAUAGACAAAAAAUACAAUUUCUUAAUAGAUUUUUUUAUACAAAGUGCCAGAAUUACUAAAAGUAAUUUGAGGAGAGCAACAUAUGUCAUCUUAUUUACUGUAAAUGGCUUGAAUUCAUCACCACACUACCACAUACUGUUGUAAUUCCAUCUCAUUCGCGACCUAAAUGCAGACAAGUCUGCGCACAGAUGAGACGAGGAAGACAACAAGGGCUGGAACAGACAAAAAUAACUCCCAACGCGUCAAAAGAAAAAUGUCAGGAACAAAACAGGAGCACAGGGGGAAACACCGGGGGGAAACAGAACAGACAGACUGACAGAGAGGUACCGGGACACCCGAGGGAGGCAGAGAUAAUUGGACACAGGUGAAACACUCCUGGGCGGGGCAGACAAUCACAAAAGCAAGAAAAUAUAGAAACAGACAGAAGGUAAAACAUCAAACAGACACACAAGAUGAGAGAUGUGGAAAUAAAACAGAGAAUAAUGAGUUUUGAAAGGUCUAAGAGUCCAAAGAGUUACGUAAGAGGUCCUUAGAGGGACACCUUAGAGGUACAUCUUCUCCGAUCUUUCGUAACUUAAAUGCACGUUUCCUCCACACAUUCUGUUUUUCUGUCUACCCAUUAAAACACACGUUCUCUCUCUGCAUUUGUAGCUUCAGUGUUCACUCGACCCCUCCCUCUCUAUGUUAGCACAGUUUCAUUAGCCUCUCUUUUGAUUGCAUUUGGUAGAACGUGCAAGGCAUCAUUACACUGAUACUGAAUUUGAAUUGUCUUCUUACCAUGAGCCAACAUAUUAACCACGUUUCCGUGUACAGUUCAUCUCUCACAGGUUCCGACACUAACACUGUGUACAGCAUUUAAAAAUAAGCUAUGGGGUUUUGUUUUUUUGGGAUCUCUUGGACUUGGGGUGCAAAUCGAUGAGUAUUCGUGAGGAAGAGUAGUUGCUAUUUGCAUGUUUGUCUAAGCUGCUUUUACCUUAGAAUCUUCCCCAGUAGAAAUCCCUGUUUUUUUUCCAUAUGCAUGCUCAGGGGAAGAUGCAUGAAUAGGAUGAUACCCAUCUGCAUUAACUUCACCUCACAGAGGUGCAGUGUGGGAAAUCCUUCACUGCUGUAGAUCUUAAAUGAACUCCACAAAGAUGGGAGGCGUAAUUUCUAGAAUUGAGAAAUAGCAAGGGUGCAAUUGAAAGUCUUUUUCUGAAAUGAUAAUGUUUAAACUGUUACUAUUAACACAUGGUGGGGGGUGGGGGCUUUAGGGGGAAGUGAGGUCAAAGGUAAGUGUACAUACAGAGGAGCAUGGAGGAGGCCAUGAACGCUGCUCACUGAGGAAAACUUUAAAGCCAUUCUUAUAGACAUUAAAUAUAUUGCAAUAAUGAAUUGAUACAAUGGAUCCUUAAUAAUAAAGUAUUAAUAUGAUCCUUUGUGAAUUGUGAGUCUGCGAGCACAGAUCGGACUUUGCUUAUCUGUAUUGUGAAAUUUUGCCAUGAGACAGAGAGACACACACGUGAAAGAGGAAAGCGAUAUGACGCACGCUGACGUCAGGCCACCACCUCCAUUCAAACACACACACACACACACACACACUCAGAGAGGUGGUGUUUGGGGACAAUCAGCGAUGUAAUUCAUUCUGCCUGGUGAGGCCAUAGAAGUACAAAGGAUACUGCACUGCCAAGCUAUUCACAUGAGCCCUCUGUAUACACAGAACACACAAGCGGACGUCUUUUGAUCUGUCCACUGACUCAGAGCCAGAGGAUUUGUGUGAAUCAGAAACUCUCACAGCUGAAGGCUCUCCGAGACUUUUUUUUUUCUGUAGUCGGUUUACACUGAUUUAUAUUUAUAGCUGUGAGGACUGAUGGAUGAUGUUUGUUUGGGAUAAACAGGCAGAGUCACAUUUUGUAAAGUAAAAUUCAGAUGAUUAUAUAAGUUGCCCAAAGAUACAAAGAGACAGAGCAUAAGAGACAUUUUAAUUAAAAAAUAAAUUGACAACUAUUA